AUGAUUGUCAACAGUGCUGGUGAAGCACCCAAAAAUCCAAAAUGUGUUGCAUGUGGCGAAUUUUGUGAAGGUAAAACAUAUGAAGCAUUUGGAAAUUCAUAUCAUCCACAAUGUUUCCUUUGUUCAGGUUGCAAAAGAUCUUUUCCAUCUGGUAAAUUUUUGUCAAUUAAUAGAAAACCAUAUUGUGAUUCAUGUGGUAAACAGGCAUUUAUUCAAUCACAAUUAAAAGGUUAUUCACCACUUGCAAAAGGAACAAAUAAUAGUAAUAUUAGUGGAAAUAAAACAAAUUCAACUACACAAAAUAAAUCAUCACCAAUUGUAAUUCCAAAAAAUCAAUUAAAUAAUAGUGGUUCAUUUAAAAAUAAUAAUAUUAAUAAUAAUAAUAAUAAUGAAAAUGAAAAGAAAUAUUCAAAAACAUCAGAUGAACAAGAAAGAAUUAUUAAAGAUGAAUUAGAUAAAGUUUCAAAGAAAUUUUCAACAUCUGGUGGAUCAUCUUUUAGUAGUGAUCCAUCACCACCUAUUUCAUCUUCAUCAUCAUCAUCAUCAUCAUAUUUGUCAUCUUCUACAUCAUCAUUAUCUUCAAUGAUGUCUGAUUAUUCACCAUCAUCUUCACCUUCUCCUUCACCUUCUUCAAAUUCAGUUCAAAGAUUAUCAAAAAGAUUUGAACAAAACUUUGAAAUUGAUUCACAAAACAACAAUGAUAAUUCUGAAACAUCGCCACAAGUUUUAAAGGUAAGUGGAAAUAAAUUAUUUAAUAAUAUUAAAUUGGAAUUACAAUCAAGAGAAAAGAGAGAAAAAGAAGAACAAUUGAAAAGAGAUCAAGAAAAAUUAGAACGUGAAAAAAAGAGAGAAUAUCAUCAACAACAACCACAACAAACUCAAAUUCAAAUUCAUCAACAAAAAAUGUUGGAAAAGGAAAGAUUGGCUCAAGAAGAAAAAGAAAGACUAUUGGUAGAGGAACGUGAAAGAUUGAAUGCAACAAGAGUUGAAAGAGAAAAACAAGAAAAGGAAAGAUUAGAUAGAGAGCGUAAAGAAAGAGAACAAGCUAGAUUAGAAAAAGAAAGAUUAGAAUCUGAAAGAUUGGAAAAAGAACGUCAGGCAAGAGUAGAGAGAGAAAGAAAAGAAUUUGAAAGAAUAGAAAAAGAGAAAAGAGAUAGAGAACAAACCAGAUUGGAAAAUGAAAGAUUGGAAAAUGAAAGAUUGAAAAAAGAAAAAUUGGAAAAAGAAAGAUUGGAAAAUGAAAGAUUUGAAAAAGAACGUCAAGAGAGAAUUGAAAAUGAAAGAUUGGAAAAUGAAAGAUUUGAGAGAGAAAGAAAAGAGCGUUUGGAAAAAGAAAAAAUUGAAAAGGAAGAAAGAGAAAAUCAACUUCGUUUAGCAAAAGAAAAAGAAGAAAAAGAAGAAAAAGAACGUCAAGAAAGACAACUUAAGGAACGUUUAGAACGUAAAGAGAAAUUAGAAAAAGAAAGAAAAGAAAGGGAAGAAAAAGAAGAAAAAGAUCGUCAAGAAAGAUUACAACUCAAGGAACGUUUAGAUCGUGAACGUAAAGAAAGACUUGAAAAAGAAAGAAAAGAGAGAGAAGAGAAAGAUGAAAAAGAUCGUCAAGAGAGAUUACAAAUUAAAGAACGUUUAGAACGUGAACGUAAAGAAAGACUUGAAAAAGAGAGAUUGGAAUAUGAAAGAUUAGAAACGCUACGUAAAGAAAAGGAAAAAGAACGUAAAGAGAAAUUUGAAACUGCUCGUUUAGAACGUGAAAAAUUAGAAUUGGAAUUAAAAGAAAAAGAUGAAAAGAAACGUGAAGAGAAAAGAUUGGCCAAAAUUAUUGAAGAGAAUAGAAAGAAAGAAAAAGCAUUGGUUGAUAAAAAAUUAGAAGAACAAGAAAGACUCUCUCACGAAUUAAAAAUUCAAAAAGAAAAAGAAAUAUUGAAAAUGGAAAAACUUGAUCUUCAAUGUGAAAAGAAAAAAUUAGAUAAAGAAAAGAAAGAAUUACAAAUUGAAAAAGAAUUAUCUCAAAAACAAUUACAAUUUAUAGAACUAAAACAACAAGAAAUUAAUCAACAACAACAAGAAAUUAAUCAUCAACAACAACAACAACAACAAACUCAACAACAAAUUCCUCUUCUUACUAAACAACCAACAGUUGAGGAGAUUGAAUAUGAAAGAGUUCAAGAAGAAAUUAAACAAAAGAAAUUAGAAAGAGAACAAAGAUUAAAACAACAACUUGAGGAAGAAGAAAAGGAAAGACUAAAAAGACAAGAGGAAAGACAAAAGAGAAAAGAACAAAGAGAUAAAGAAUUAAAAGAAGAAGAACUUCGUAUUGAAGCAGAAAGAGAAACUAGAAAAAAAUUAAAAGAAGAACGUGAAUUACAAUUUAAAAAAGAACAAGUACAACUUUUAUUAGAAAGAGAUAAAAGAGUAAAAGAGAAACAAUUAAAGGAUCAAAAAUAUACAUAUAAAAUUAAUGAUACUGAACUUGAACAUAUUGUUGAAGAUAAAGAUUUAACUAAAGAAUUUGAAGAUAAAUUAAGAGAACAUCAAUUAAAGAAAUCUACUUCUUUUGAAAAUAAUACACUUUCUGUAAAUUUACAUGUUGUUGACCCUGAUGAAGAUGAAAAUAAUAUUUUACAAUUAAAGAAACUAAGAGAAUUGGAAAUUCAAAGAGAAAUUGAAUUAGAGAAUCAACAACAACAACAAUCAAAUUGUAUUCUUUUAAAUAAUUAUUCAGAUUCACCAAGAAUAUCAUCAACAUCAUCAAAUUCUACAAAUUCAAAUCAAAAUUCACCAUUAUUAGCUGCUAAUACAAAUAGUAAUAAUAGUAGUACAUCAACUAGUUUCUCAGUUUCAUCAUUUUCUCCACCAUUAUUUGAACAAACAAUGACAACUAAAUCAACAAUUAGUAGCCUUGAAGAAUAUAAAAAGAAACGUGAAGAAAGAAAAAGACUGCAAGAGGAAGCAGAGAAAUUAGAAGAAGAAUUAAAAAAGAAAAAGAUUCAAGAAAGAGAAAAACAAAGAUUAGAAAGAAAAUUGCAAGAAGAGGAAGAAGAAAAAAGAGAAGAAGAAAGUAGAAGAAAAAGAACUGAAGAAAGACAAAGAGAACGUGAAAAAUUAAAAAAAGAAUUGGAAUUAGAAGAAGAAAGAAUUAAAAGAGAAAGAGAACAAAGAUUAAAUAAUUUAAAAAGAUUUAAUUAA